AUGCCGAAGGUAACGAAGCGCACGGAGGGGAAGGGGGACGCCAUGGUGAACACGGAGACCGGGGAGGAGACUGAGAUGGCCGACGACCCGCUUCGGCCGGUGUUCGCCCCGCUCGGGGUGCAGGAGAUGAGCGGGAAGAAGUGCGAGUACCGCAAGGUGAACGUACCCCAACACAGGUUCACGCCGCUGAAGGAGCACUGGAUGGCGCUGUACGAGCCCGUGACGAAGCAGAUGAAGAUCGACAUGCGCAUGAACCUCAAGACGAAGAAGGUGGAGCUCAAGACCACGCAGGCGACGGAGGAUGAGGGCGCGCUGCAGAAGAGCGCCGACUUCGUCCAGGCCUUCCUCCUAGGCUUUGAAGUUCAGGACGCCGUUGCGCUCCUCCGCCUCGACGACCUCUACCUCGAGUGCUUCGAGAUCAAGGACGUGAAGCAGACGCUUAAGGGCGAACACAUGAGCCGAGGUAUCGGUCGUCUGGCGGGUAAGAGCGGUAAGACCAAGUUCACCAUCGAGAACGCCACGAGGACGCGCAUCGUCAUAGCGGAUCAGCACAUUCGCAUCCUUGGUUCAUUCCAGAACAUCAAGAUCGCAAGGGACGCGCUGUGCAACCUCAUCCUCGGAUCGCCGCCGGGCAAGGUGUACUCAAGGCUCAGGUCCAUCACAGCCAGGCUCUCGGAGCGGUUCUGA